GCCCCAAGCCGCGGACGACGGCUCGCUUGUUGCGCCGUGUGCACACGCAGCCUUUGCGGCGGCACACAGCUCGCAGCGCCAAGCCAAUUAUUGUAUUGAAGGAAAAACGCAUCAGACUGACUCAACUACCCUGCGAGGCAUGUUGUGUUAAAGAAACACCUAUGCAGGUGGAUUCUUCACUAAUGAAUGUAGGGGAUGGAGGCACGGUGAGCAGAGAAAUCAGUGCUCCAAAUAAGGUGUCCACGAGCAUGGUGGGAAAUCCUCCCCAAACGCUGCCCCUCGAGUUUCGAGGCGACGUUACCCUCGGUCAGCAAAACCAGACCGCUCCGACGACAGACUGUAAGACAGCGAGGGCCUGCCCGGACACCAGUAAUUACAACCUCGGCCCCGAGCUCCCUCCGCCCCGGCAGCUCGACAAUGAACCGAUGUCGAGCUCGGCCCCCGCCGGCGCCGAGAAGACGACAGACAAAAGAGCGGUAGAGGCCGCUAAAAUCAAGGACGACGGCACGGGGGCCUUCCCCGCUCCUCAGCGGUCGAGCGGCAUAAAAGCCAGCCGGGAGGACUCGGCCAAUCCCUGUCACAGCAAGAAAUCGCAGACGCAAACGCCAUCUGCUCCACCUGGUUUCCAGUGCUCCUUGUUCAAACCAGCCCAGCCAGUUGCCUUCCUGCCUUCCACCGAUUUCUCCUCCCCCCUUUGUAAAGUCACUCUGCCACCAGCAUUGGGGCAGAUCGCGGCUUUGAGAGAAGCCACUGCCAGCCAGUUUCCAAAAGACAUUCAAGCUCAAACCUCAGGUGUAGCAGGGACGCCCCUCAUGCGGACCUAUCACUAUCCCUUCUCCAUGGCCCGGAUUCCGGCUUCUGACAAAAAAGCCUCGAAACUUAAAGUCAACCAUUCGUCCAGCAAGAACGCCAAAUCUGUUGGGGAACAUAAGUCCCUGGCCUCGGCGGUGGCUUCGCCGGCCACGGCCCUGCCGCCGCAGCACCCGUCGCUGAACUCCGCGGCGCCCACCCGCUACACGUUGUCGCCCACUGCAGCCAUUUGUUGCGGAUCCGCACUAGCCACCAUCGCCUCUCAGAGUAGACUUCUAAACCAGGUGGAGAAGAGCCUCAGCUUAGACAAGAUUGCCACGGGCGCUCUGAAAACGGAGGAGCACAGAGUAGCAUGCUCGCUAGAGCCGAGGGACGUACCCCUGGAUUUGUCGGCCAAAUCCAAACGUCCAAAAUGCACAAGUGACCCUGCGGUUUCAACGAAGGAGCCUCAAAGCGGCGAGUCCAAUAAAAUGGACUUUGUGAACUCAAAGAGGACAUAUAGCGCAACUGGGCAGUAUCCCAUUUUACCCACUACCCACAGAAAUGGAUCCCAUCCAAAGCAAUCGAUCCGGCCGCAGAAUCACCACGUCUCUGAACUUAAGCCGGUAUGGAGCAAGGGGGCUUCACAGGAGCCCAUUAAAAAUAUCCCUGGAACAUACGUAGGCGUAGCGAGUCCCAUACUGGCCUCUACACUUCGCGGAAAAGAUGGAAAAGGGACUUUUGUGGAAGAGUUCCAGAGUUUUGCUAAGCAGGAGUUUAUAUCAAUAAUCGAUCAAGGAGAACAAGUAACCUCAGGAGGUAAGAAGCCCCCCUCGCUGAAGCAUGCUCACAACGUCAAGCAUGUUAAAAACACGAGCACAGCCAUCACCAAGAAGUGUCCUGCUAAAGGAGCCCUGAUGACGGCCCUCUCAAGCGACACAAACACGCACCUGAAGUCUGGCAAAGCGGCGGGUCCCUACUCGGCGUGGCAACAGUCCCCGCACCCUCCGCACCGAGCAUCUUCGGCUCAGAAAAAAAUCUCACCGGGUUCCCAAACGGCCAAAGGAGCUGUGGAAAGUUCCAAGUUCCAGAGUCCCUCCAUACCUGCGGAAGAUUCGAAGGCGAACCCGUCUGCGCUCUCUAGCCUCGCGUCCAUCGGGAAGCAGCAAGACUUGGAAACAUCCGCACCAGCGAGCGACGCGCUCGCUGCAGUGUCGAGAAAAGACAGUGUUAUGACUCUUCUCAAAGACACCCCGUCCAAGCAGGCCUCUCUAAAUGAAGGCCCGGCAAGCUGGUCCACGGAAAACUGGCCUGGAGCGUUGUCUCAAGGAGGUUUGACUCCAUCCAGGAAGAGGCCGGAAAGGUCGAAACCCACCGAGACCUCGGAGAAUAACGCAGCGAUACACAGUCAUCGGGUAGAACACAAGCACGGUUUUUCUAAGCCCUUUGGACAGUCUCAUAGCCUCAGAAGCAACGCAUCAACAAAUGGCAACAGGCUGGACAGCAAACUGGCUCAGGUGUUGGAGGGGGAGGUGCUGAAAAUAGAGUCAGAUGCUCCUCCGGAUGAAAACCUGGGAGGUUUAGUUGCCUCUAUUCUGUCACGCCGGUCCCCGGGUCGAGGCGACGAGAAGAAAACAAACGGAACCAAAGAAGAGUCGCCAACCAAAGCUGUUAAACAGAAGAAAGUUAGUCCUAAGAAGCCCACAAAGGAGAGGUCACCAGUGGAGUCGGCAAGGAAGACGACCGGCGAGAAGGAGAAAGACGUUACACCGACCAAAGUGUCUUCCCAAAAGAAGCAGAAGAGACAAAAAACAUCGGAGUUGGAGCAACGACUUUCCUUUCAGAGUCAAGAGCAGACUUGGAAGGACGAGGAACACCUCGACAAAACAGAUGGCGGCGGCAGUCCCGAGGGUGAAGAGACUCGUGCCUUGAAGUCCGCAGCGGCCGCUAAGGAGGCCGCCGUUAAAGAGGCCUCCUUCCCGAGGUUGAGGAGAGGACGGCGGCGCGCAGACGAGGCCAGACAGGACCUUUGGGGCUUCGCGACGCCUUCCCCCCCUCCGCCGCCGCCGCCGCCGCCGCCGCCCCCUCAAAUGGCCCCUUGCCCCUCACUCCCGCGGACGCCGGCCCGCCGUCCGAGAGGGAGGCCUCGCUCCGACCGCUCGUCGAAGCGGGACGUCCGGAACAAGGACAAGGCGGGCGACCCGGAGGACGACGCCCCGGCGCAUAAAAGACGGCAGCAGUGCCGUAACAGAAAGUACCAGAUGGGGGAGUACGUCACCGAGACGGGCAAACCGGAAGAAGGCGAGCACCUUGAUGAGUCGGACAGUGGAAUCACAGCGGAUGCACAGACGGCUCAGUGUCCGAGUCCUGCCGCUCCCAGUCCGGAGCCGGCACCUCGGAGACCCUCCUUCACGCGCUCGGGAUCGGUUCGUUACCAGGCCAGCGACGUAUCGCUGGAGUCCGACGACAAGCCUUCUGGGAAGCGGAAGUUCAAAAGCAAACAUUUGUGUGACAGUGAGGAGCAAAAGACAAAGACCAAGCGCAGCAGCUUGGGCAAACGCGGCGCCGCCGCAGCUCUGGAUGAGGACGCGACCACGGAGAACAGCGGCCCCCCGCCCCCUGCCAAGAGCCUGCCGUCGUCGUUGUCCGGCAAAAUGAGCUCGUCAGGGAAAAACGGGAGCCCGGAGUCUCCCCCCAAACGGCCGAUCCCUCCCGAGGUGCGGCGGCUGAUUGUCAAUAAAAAUGCUGGGGAGACGUUGCUGCAACGUGCCGCCCGUUUGGGCUAUCAGGAAGUGGUGCAGUACUGUCUCGAAAAGGACAUCAGGGAGGUGAAUCGGCGAGACAACGCGGGCUACACGGCCCUCCACGAGGCGUCCUCCCGAGGCUGGACUCAGAUUGUCCAGAUGUUGCUGAAACACGGCGCCGAUGUGAACUGCAGCGCUCAAGAUGGAACACGGCCGCUUCAUGACGCGGUGGCUAGCGACAACCUGCCCAUCGUGUGGCUGCUCCUCAACCACGGCGCAGACCCGACGCUGGCCACCUACUCCGGGCACACGCCGGUCAAACUGGCGCACAGUGACACCAUGAAGUCCUUCCUAACAGAGUAUUUCAUCGACCUGGAAGGGCGCGGCGAGCAGGAUCCCACCUUGCACUGGGACUUCUACAGCAGCUCCUUGUUUGAGACGGGCGAGGAGCCCUGCUGGGACUAUCUGCUGUCGCAGCAGAACCAGGAGUCUGCCGAGGGCGAGUGCGGGAACGCCGACAGGGAAUGCGACAAAGACGCGCUGGUGUUCGAGUUCUCCUCGGAGCCUCUCCUGCCCUGCUACCACCUGCAGGUGUCCGUAACGCAGGGCUUUUGCAACUGGUUCCUGCUGUCGGACGUGCUGAAGCGUCUGAAGACGUCUGCGCGCAUCUUCCGUGCCCGCCACCCUCACUUGGAGGUGGCCGGCUUGUCUCGUAUCGAGCUCGGCCGGCAGGUUCUCAUCAGUCAGGUGGGCUCCCCUCUGGAUUCCGCCAGCAAGGACAAAGUUGAGGACGACGAGGCGGAGGAGGAGGGCGAAGAGGACGAGGAAGAGGGGCUGGUGCAUUUGGUGCGCUGCGUUCCCGAGCUCCAGAGACUGCUGGGCUCCUCCAUUCACAUCCUGGAAGACGACGACGACGAAGAGGAGGACGACGAGGAGGAGAAGCCGCGCGGUCGGUAGCCCAGCGCGUGACGAACUCGAACAUCUCCGUCCGAUCUCUCACGUUUCAGGUUCCUCCCCCGACUUGUGCCCAGGCAAGUCCGGGCCGUCCCCUGAGACGAAACCACCGCACAAUAGUCAAACAUUGGAACCCGCAGCCCUCCUUUUUCCAAACGCCUUUACUCCACCCUCCUCUUCCUCAACAUGUUUGUGGUGGAUGGACCUCAGAGCUGCAAUGACACAGACCCUCCUUCACUGAAUCUUUUUUUUGUUUGUUUCGGACACGUGCGGCUGUGUUCUUUGUGUCUCUGGACAGCUCAAUUUGUUGUGCUUUAUUUAAUGUUCCUUAAUAUAUUUGACCUCUUGUCUAUGUAUGAUAGUUGCUUUGUAUGGUCGGUGCUUCAUGUACUUAUUAGGAUCCCUUUAUUUGCCCCGAACCCGGUUUGAAAACAGUAUUUGAGAGCAAGCGAAAGUACAGUUUUAUUGUACUGGUGCUAUAAUAGAUUUUUUUUUUUUUUUUUUGUGUUGACAAUCAAUGAAGUUUUGGUUUGGAAUCACAAACUUAAUAAAAAUGAAAAAAGAUAUUUAAGAGCCGUUUAGAAAGUGGAGUUGAUUUUAAGAAGAAAAGAAAAAAAAACAAGAGCGAGGAGUGCGUCAGUGUUGCAAGAGACUUUUGUUUGAUUCUUUUAUAAGAAAUCAAGAAUAAAGCAUGAUUGUAAAUCAUA